CUGUCAAUUAGCUACAAAAACAUCCAACUCUUCUAUAAAAUAACCUAGAAGAAGAAUUCUGGCGGGUAAACAAUUUUUAAUGCUAUAAAACAAAGCAUCAGACAAUUUUUUGUUGGCCUUUUAAGUUUAUUGAGAAACAAUAUUGGGUGGGAAUAUAUUUAACAAUAUAAGAAUCUAUAAAUUUUCAAUUAUUUACAAGUCGCGAUGGCAAAAGUUCAGUUGUGUAAUAUAACAGUUAUGGAUAAUCCCAGUCCAUUUUUGAACCCUUUUCAGUUCGAGAUAACAUUUGAAUGUAUAGAAGAAUUAAAAGAAGAUCUAGAAUGGAAAAUGAUUUACGUAGGUUCAGCUGAAAGUGAAGAACAUGAUCAAGUCUUAGAUUCAGUGUUUGUGGGGCCAAUCCCAGAAGGCAAACACAUGUUUGUUUUUCAAGCUGAUCCUCCAAAUGUUUCCCGUAUACCAGAAAAUGAUGCUAUAGGGGUUACAGUUGUGCUUUUGACGUGUUCAUAUAAAAGUCAAGAGUUUAUACGUGUUGGAUAUUUCAUUAAUAACGAAUAUAGCGAUCCGGAAAUGAGAGAGAAUUUACCUAGUCCUCCUCAGUUUGAUAAGGUGAUUCGAAAUAUUCUUGCGUCAGAACCAAGAGUAACAAGAUUUAAAAUUAAUUGGGAAGAAACAACUACUCAAGAAAACGGAACAAAUAUAGAUCCGAAUAUGGCAUUACCGUCUACAUCGACCGAAGUAGAAAAUACAACUCCUGCUGAUGUUCCAACGUUUAAUGAAAACUCGAACUCUUGGGCUACUAUGGAAUGCUCAUAAAAAUAAUUACAGUUGUAUAUAUUUGUGUUGAAUUUUUCAAAAAAAAAAUUUCUUUUAUAUAGUUAAAUUAUUAAAUAAUUAAAACAUAUC